UGCUUCCGGUGGAGUCUCGCCUCCUUCCAGGAAGCAGCUUACCUUUUUGUCCGUGUUUAGUGUCCAGGUAUGGAGUGGAGCUUGUUGUUGGUGUGUGAAGAAACUAUGGUGCUGCAUGUUUCUCCCUGUAAACGUGGAGCAGAUGAUCACAUCCUGCUGUGAACGACUGACUGAAGUCCACAGGAAGAUGAUGAUGGAGGAAGAGGAGGACAGAGCAGAGUCUGCAGGAUCCAGCUGUCCAUCUGUGAGGAGUGACCGGUCCAAACCUCAACCUCCAGACUUCAGUGAUGAACCUGGACCAACGAGAUUGGAGCGCUGUGGUUUGUCAGAGAUCAGCUGUGAUUCCCUGGCAGCAGCUCUGAAGUCCAACCCCACACAUCUGAGAGAGCUGGACCUGAGCGUGAACAAGCUGGAGGAUUCAGGAGUGAAGCAGCUGUGUGGUUUUCUGGAGAGUCCAGAAUGUGGACUUAAAACUCUGAGGUCAGUCACCAUGUUUUAA